AUGAAAGACUGGGGGUUCGACGGCAUUGACAUUGAUUGGGAAUAUCCAGCGGACGAAAGAGAAGCAGAAAACUUUGCUCUCCUGUUGGCAGCGUAUUCCCCAGGCUACCACUUUCUCUUCACGAUCGCGUCGCCCGCUGGACAGGCCCAUUACGAGAAGCUAGACCUCAAGAAGAUCUCCGGUAUUGUAGAUACCUUUUACCGGAUGGCCUACGAUUAUUCCGGCUCGUGGGACUCUUACGCCCAGUGGGCAGGCGGGCCAUGA